AUGAUAAGAAUCUUCCCAAGCCUCCGGUUUACGUCUUUGCUCUCUGCCGCUAAACCUCUUUGCUCCGUCGCCUGCUCAUCUUCGCCGGUGAGAGAGCCACCGCAGCGUGCGUCGUUUGCAGAGGCAAAAUCUGCUCCGGCGUCAAACUCUCUCAGUAUUACUCCCAAGUCUCCGCUCUUCCUUAGAACGCCGUCGCACGCAACUCCUUUGUCGGAGGUUUGGAAAUGGCACGACUGGGCGAAAGAUCUGGCUUCCUCCGUAGAGGUAUCGUCGAGCAAUUCUGAAUACAGCCUUGACUCUGCAAUUCUCCUCCGUGAGCUAAAAUGGCUGAUCGAAGACUCGAUCGUAGACGAUCAAUUGGUGAUUCACAAAAGGGAGAUCGCGAACGACAGCGAGAGUGUGAAAUUGAGAGCGUCUUUAGAGGAGCUUUACGAUUUAUGGCGGCAGAGGAUCGAGAAGCGACGGCCGUUUCAGUACGUCGUCGGAUGCGAACACUGGAGAGAUUUGGUGUUGUGCGUCGAGGAAGGAGUUCUUAUACCGAGGCCGGAGACGGAACUGAUCGUCGAUAUGGUGGAGGAGCUCGUAACGAGAGAUGAUUGGUUUAAGAAUGGUGUUUGGGCCGAUCUAGGGACAGGAAGCGGCGCAAUUGCGAUCGGCGUUGCUAAAGUAUUGGGUGGCCGUGGGAGAGUUAUAGCCACAGAUCUCAGUCCGGUAGCAAUCGCCGUCGCCGGAAACAAUGUUCAGAGAUAUAGCCUUCAGGGGAUGAUUGAGGUGAGAGAAGGAUCUUGGUUUGAGCCAUUGAAAGAUGUUGAAGGAAAGCUUGUGGGGCUUGUGAGUAAUCCACCGUACAUACCAAGCGAUGACAUUCCGGGGCUACAAGCUGAAGUUGGUAGACACGAACCGAAACUUGCAUUGGACGGUGGUAUCGACGGGACUGAUAGUCUCAUCCAGCUCUGUCACGGGGCUUCUCGGAUGCUUAAACGCGGUGGCUUCUUCGCUUUCGAGACCAAUGGAGAGAAGCAAAGCAAGAUGAUCGUUGAUUACAUGACCAGUGAUCACCAAAACAGUUUCUCUGAUUUGAAGAUAGUUUCUGAUUUUGCUGGAAUCGGUCGGUUCGUGACUGGUUUUCGUCUCUGA